CAAAUCGCCAACAAUGCAAUGGAUCCUGCUCAUCUUUGCGCUCGUUCUAUCUCUCAUCGCUGCACAUGAGCUUGUCCAGCCUGUCGACAAGAAAUGGACAUCGUUCAAAAAGUACAAGCUGCCGCCAGGUCCCAACGGUCCUCCAGUCGUCGGCAAUCUGCUACAGUUCUGGAGAAGUCGGUCUGCUGGAACCCUCGGCAAGACAUUCAUGGAAUUACAAGAAUAUGGAGAGAUGACGACGUUGCAUAUGGGCUCUAUGCUGUACGUCCUGCUCAACACGAACCGCGUCACUAGAGAAAUCAUCGACAAACGAGCGAAGAUCACGCACGAAAGACCUCAUAUGCCCAUCUCUGGCACGCUGGUCAGUAAGGGUAUGCGAUCUGUCACCCAGCCGACUCGUAUAUGGGGCGAGUUGCGCAGGAUGAUGAGGCCAUUGCUGAACGAUACAUGGACGAAGAAGUUUGAAGCAUGGCAGGACUCGGAGAGCAUACAUAUGCUUCAAUCGUAUCUGGAGAAUCCUUCGGAAUGGUACUUGCACAACUCACGAUAUGCUACUGGUGUCAUGUAUGGGGUCAUUGCAGGCGAACGGUUGCCCAAGACUGAUGAGGAAAUGCAAGACUAUCGCAAGACCACUAUGGAAUUUCUCGGCACUUUACUGUCGACUGUGGUAGAUUUCUUCCCAUGGCUGGAGUGUCUUCCGCACUGUCUUCAAUUCUGGCGACAUCGAUGGCAGGUCAUGGGAGACAACCAUCAUCGCGUGUUCAAAUCGUGGUGGAAUCCUCUCGUCGCCAAAGCCACAAACGAGAAAUCCCACAGCAGCAGCAACGACGGCGAUAAUACAUACUGGGUCAAAGAUGUCCUCCUCCACAGCAACGCCCCUUUCAAAGGCAACGAAGACGAAGCUGCCUAUCUCACCAACACCGUCAUAUCCGCAGGUGGCGACAACCCUCGAAUCGCACUCAACACCUGCAUCAUGGCGAGCAUCAUCCAUCCCGACGCUUUUCAAAAAUGCCUUCAAGAAAUCGAAAGCGUCUGCAACAGUACAACCAACCCAGAAUCCCCAUCAUCCUCAUCACCAUGCCGCCUCCCCACCGUCGCGGAUAUCCCUCAUAUGCCCUACACAUGCGCCUUCAUCAAAGAAACUCUCCGCUGGAGACCCACCGUCCCCAUGGUCCCACCCCACACCGCCGCAGAAGAUUUCACUUUCGAAGACUACAUCUUCCCCAAGGGAACAAAUUUCUUAUUGAAUGUCCCCGCACUAUGUCGAGAUUAUCCCUCACCGGACGCGUUUUUGCCCGAGCGAUGGUUGUCUUCCUCCAAUCAUGAUGGCAAUGAAAACGAUUAUGACGAAGGUGGUAAUAAUGGGCAUAAUGAUGAAAAAGAAGUCAGUGGAGAUCCCACGCGUCUCACACGAGAUUUCUGGGGAUUUGGAGGUGGAAGGAGAAUUUGUAUUGGGUACAAAGCAGCGCAGACGGCGUUAUUUUUGCCUUUUGCGAGAUUGGUGCAGUGUUUUGAUUUUGAAAAGACAUCCGACUUCGACGACAAAAAAGUCAAUUCCUGGAACUCAGAAGCACCAUUUCCCGUUGCGAUACGGAUACGGAAGAGGAAAGAGGAGGAGGAAAAGGAAAACAAGAUUUAUGAAGACCUGAUUCAGACUGCUGUGGAAAAUCUCCGUCUUCCUUCAUCAUCAUCAUAAGAACGGAUGACCUAUCUGGAGCUGUUGCCUUGGGUACUUUACCGUACUUGCGAUACAAAGGUACACAACUAACCUCCCUAACCUACUUGCAAGUACUUCCUUUUCCAGAACAGCAGCGAG